GCCUAUAAUAAAGAAAAGAUAGUGUUGCACGGACUGGGAUUGUCGACUGUUUACUCUAUAGGAAAAUUUCAAACAGUACUAAAAAUUGAUGAUUGUUAUUUUGAAUUAUUGUUUUAUAUUGUACCAACAAAUGCAAUGCCUUACAAAGUGAUCCUAGGUCAACCAUUUUUGGAAAAUGCGGUAGUUAUUUUCGAUAAAGGUGUGGUAAAUGUAGUUUCGAGGAAUGUGCAUUGUUUGUUUACAGAUGACAAACCGGUUAGUUAUGUACCAAAUCCUCAGAUUAUGGAGACAGCUCAGCUUAUAGUGGAUCAAUAUAAGCCCUUACAAACCAAGGAGGCACCAUUUGAAAUGCAGAUUAUCCUGAACGACGAUGUGCCGGUGGCACAGCGGCCGCGUAGACUAGCCUAUAAGGAACAAGAAGCAGUUGAUAAACAAAUUGAGAGCUUAUAGCAAAGGGGUUUCUAUUAAUUUUUAUUGACGACUUAAUAAUAUUAUCAAACACAUAUGAUGAAGCCAUAGAUCGACU